CUAACAUAUUACCUUAGUCAGCUUUAUAGAUCUAUCUAUCUAUAUUAUUAAAAAGAAAAAAAAAACACAGUAUUCCAUUAAAUUCUGCCCUAGUUUGUGCAUGUUUCUUCGGCUUCUGUCAAAUCCUUGUUUGUUAUUUCUUUUUUAAGUGUAUGGAUUAAAAUACAUCCGCUCUGUUUUUUAAUACGUUAUACUCCCAUCAAGGAAACAGUAACAGCUGUUUUCAGGUUGUCUAUUAUCAAAAGGUCAACUUCAGUGACCAAUCACAGAUUAUCCCCAUCGCAAAUAAAUCAUUUAGCCUCCUCCUAGCUUGUUGACCUUCCUAUACGUUACCAUCAUUUCUAGAACCUCAACAGUAUAUUUGUUUUUUAAUAUAUACAAUGUAAGAAAACAAUGCGAUAUCCAUACUUAACUAAUCGUCCAACUCGAUCUCCCAACAACUUGAGUGAUUUCACGACGAAUAUCAUUCUGAUUCUAACUACGACGUAAAUUUUCCUGUCUACAUACGCAACAGUGAAGCACUGAGCGAGAUGAGCGCCAAGAUGGUGGAGCUGAACCUCCUCAUCAUGAAGAUGCUACUCACCAGCUACAACCUCGACGACGCCACAUCCCACGUGGCAGACACCACCGCCAGCUACUUACGCCUCAUGAAGUACAAAGUCCCGCCCGCCCCUCCCGCCGCCGACCACUACGCCGGGAUCGGGCUUUUGGCCCACACGGACAAGAACACCGUCACCAUCCUGGGCCAGAACGACGUCCAGGGCCUCGAGAUCCAGCCCAAGGACGACAACGACAGCUGGGUCCCGGUCGUGAUCCCCGAGGGCGCGUUCGUGGCCAUCGUCGGGGACGCGCUCAAGGCGUGGAGCAACGGGAUGGUCCACUCGGUUCGGCACCGGGUCGUGCUCAGAGGGGAGAAGGAGAGGUACACGUGGGGCAGCUUCUUGAUGCCCAAGGACGACUCGACCAUCGAGGCGCCGGAGAAGUUCGUCGACAAAGAGCACCCGCUGUUGUAUCGCGGCUUCACCUACGCCGAGUUCCUCUCUUACUUCGUCUCUACGUUGAAGGACGAUGCCCUCGAUGUUUUCGCUGGCUUGUCGACGUCGCCCGACGUCGAUGAUCGGGAUCAGCUGGCUGUUAACUGAGGGAGGAGCAUGCAUGCAUGGUUGCUGUCGGGGUUAACGUGGUGUCUGGUUAUAAAGUAAUGUUGGUGUGUUUCGUAAAGUUGUGAUUGUCUCGUAUGUUGAUUAAGCGUUGUGAAUUGUGAUUAAUAAUGUUGUCUCUCUUUUGUCGUGGUGGUUUUGGUAUGUAUAUUGUGUAUAUGCCUAGAGGGACAGUGGGAUACACUUGGGAAGUAAAGUAUUUAAUAUUAUUAUAUAUUGCUUGUGUGAUUGUUUGUAAGGAGGAAAAAAAAAGGAUCGAAUUAAAAGUGAAUGAAAGUUAUAUUUAUGUACUUUUGAGUUUUGUAUAGUGUAAAAUAGAUUGCUUGCAAAUAUCUGAAAUAAAAAAUAAGAUUAGGU